AAUUGUGUUUUAGAACAUGGCGGUGAAUCUCACUGAACUGUCUUUGCCGCAGUUGGAAGGCUUAAAGUCUCAACUUGAACAGGAGACGGAAUUCCUGACGUCAUCAAUAGGUCAAUUAAAGGUCGUUCAGACUAAAUAUGUGGAAGCCAAGGAGAGUCUUAGUGUCCUCAACAAGAGUAAUGAGGGAAAAGAGCUCCUUGUGCCCCUCACCAGCUCUAUGUAUGUUCCUGGGACACUGAAUGAUGUGGAACAUGUGUUGGUGGACGUGGGUACGGGGUACUACGUAGAGAAGAAUGUGGAGGACACAAAAGAGUUCUUCAGACGAAAGAUCGACUUCCUCACCAAACAGAUCGAAAAAAUCCAGCCAGCUUUACAGGAGAAGCACACCAUGAAACAAGCUGUGAUUGAAGUGAUGAACAUGAAGCUCCAGCAGCUACACAGCCAACAGACGUCACAGUCUAGCAUGACAAAAGCGUAGACUACACACACACACACACACACACACACACACACACACACACACAGUCCAGCAGGUCAAAAGCCAGGACCACACACACACACACACAGUCCAGCUUGACAAAAGCCUAGACGACUCACACACCUGUACACACACACACACACACACACACACAGCACUAGUGGGCUGUAGGACCCGCAUGUCAUGGUUCCCUAAGGUUGGGGUAUAGUGUCUCACAUGUUUUAAACUGUCCAAUCACCAUACCUGUCACAGCUCCAAUGACAUGGAAACACGUAGGCGUCUGGACAAACAGAAGAGGAUGGGAGAUGGACCUCCACGUUAUCCCCUCAGAGCGACCAGCACAACUGAAAUUCAUCUGAUAUUGUCCUUUUUGCCACUUGUGUCCACUCCUCAGAAAACAAUGCUCUAAUUAAAACAGAAUGCUUCACCUCAGAAAGCGACCUGGGGGGGUUUCUUCUGCUUCCUGUUGGCUGGUUUAAUAGAAACAUUACCAGCUAAGGAAUUUUUUAAAGUUGAUUUGAACAUGUUUAAAUGUACUUUACCGCUCUGUGCUCAAGUCUGGCGAACACACAGGAGAGCAUGUGUUUACUACAGCCCAGACAGAUAGUGAGCCAGUAAUGUUUGGUGUUAAUGUGAGAGAAAAAACUUUGCAAAA